AUGAAAUGGCUAGAACAGAUGAGAGAGUUUGGCAAAAAUUGGAAAAAUGAGGACAUUGACAAUGUGUCUGCCGUCAAAUAUUAUAUAAAAUAUUUCGACAUUAACGGUGAUGGAGUCGUAGACGAAAAGGAGUUCACGCAAGUCAUGACAAGAGACGAAGAUGAGAUGCAAAAGUCAAAGUCGAAGGCAAAGGGUCGUAAGCGAGAUCCAGGCGUUGGUUGGAUUCUCGACUUCAACAACGAUGGCAUCGCCAGCUACAAGGAAGUAGAUGACGCACCCGAAAUGCUGGAGAAAGGACCAACGCGAUUGCCUGUGUUCAAGGACGAGUUGUGA